AUGACAGACUUCCGGGGAAAACUCCAGAGCACCCAACAGGUUCCACUUGGCCGGGCGCCAGGGCGCGCCGGUGACGUCACGGCGGCGCGGGGCGCGCUCCUGCGUCUCGGCGGUCGUCGUGCGUCAUCACCAACGAGACGCAGGGGGCGGGGCUCCUCCCGCAGCCGCCGCCGGCUUCUCCGGGUAGCGCCCUCGCGCGUCCUCGCGCGCCCCCUCGUGGCCGCCGUCUUCGAGGCCCUGCCCCGCGUCGCCGUCCCUCUAGCUUCAGCCGGGAUCAGCGCGGGCGCUCAACUCCCGCCCGGGCCAGCGCCAGGCGACGGGCGACGCCUCCAGGUAAUGACGGGGAGCCGAGGCCCUGGGCCACCGGGGGCAGGUGCGAUGGCUGAGGAGCGGGAGUGCGACAGCGCGGCGGCGGCGGCGGCGGCCGAAGCACCUCCCGUGUCUUCGUCGGAGCCCGCGAAGUGGCCGGAGCCCGAGGGCUGCAGCAGCAAGUGCGUGUUCUGCCGGAUCGCCAGGCAGCAGGAGCCGGGCACCGAACUCCUGGACUGUGAGAAUGAAGACCUAGUUUGCUUCAAAGAUAUCAAACCAGCAGUACCUCAUCAUUAUCUUGUGGUGCCAAAGAAGCAUAUUGGAAACUGUAGAGAUCUAAAGAAAGAUCACAUGGAACUGGUUGAGAACAUGGUAACUGCUGGAAAAACCAUUCUUGAAAAGAAUAAUUUCACUGACUUCAAAAAUGUGAGAAUGGGUUUCCAUAUGCCGCCAUUCUGUUCCAUUUCCCACUUGCACCUUCAUGUACUGGCACCAGUCGAUCAGCUUGGCUUCAUAUCAAAAUUGGUUUAUAGAGUGAAUUCCUAUUGGUUUAUCACAGCUGAUUAUUUGAUCGAAAAAUUAAGAACAUGAAAGUGUCAACAGUGGAAGAUUUUCCUAAUCUUGGCUCAACAGAAAGUGCUAUUUUGGCCCCUUUUGAAGUCUAAUUACAGUUGUAAGGUUCAUUGAGUUUUAUGAGAGGCUAUUACUGGGUAGCCUUAAAUCUUUUCUGAAUGUCUGUUUUUUGAGAUCUGUGAUAUAGUUACAUGAAUACUUUGUCAUUGACUCUUUGCUUUGACAGUUAUUUGUCUAAGGUAUAAGAUACUAUAGAUAAAAUCCCAUUAAAACAAAUUUUGUUAAUCAAGAAGGGCUCUGUAUUUAAAAAGAAAAGUUCAAAUAUUUUAAUUUUUCAGUAGAUAGUCAAUUAUAAUAGUGAUUUAUUUAUGAAGAAUAAACUGGUAUAGAAAAUACUUUGUUGGAGCCUUUAUUACUAUGAAGGAGAAAAAUAAAUUAUUUCUUGACAGUUCUAUAAUUUUACACAUAAAAUUUCAAAAUAAAGCGUACCAUACUACAUAGUGA